GGGAUAUAUAAAAGAGAAAAGAAAAAUUUUAUUUAUCAGAAAUUGUCAGAGUUACUUCGUGAUAAUAUUUUAUUAUGUCACGAUUUACUAUCGUUUUAUUAAUUGUAUUUUGCGGCGGAACUACGGCCUUAGAAGAGUGUAUCGGAAAAUGUCCCCUCCAAACACCGAUAAACAGUUCAAUAAUAUUUUUGGCUCACAUCAACUGUUCAAAAUACUGCGUGUGCGAUCACGGCCGACCCAUUGAAAUGCCUUGCCCAGCAAACUUGCAUUUCUCGUUGGAAUUCAACACCUGUGCAGACCCCGAGCAAGCUAAUUGCACGGACCUAACAUCAACUCCAAUUACUCCUCAAGUGACUCAAGAUCCGGAAAAUCCUCCAAAAAUGCAGUCAAAAAAAUUGUAUCUCAAUUCAAGAUCGGGAAUUCGCUAUAACACCUAUUGCGCAAACCUAUUGGCCGACUGCCGUGACAAACCUCUAACUUGUCUCGGGGAUUGUCCUAGCAAUGAACUUCCUCAAAUUCACCUGCUUGCUCAUGAAGAUUGUACCAAAUAUUGCAAAUGCAACGACACAGUACCAUGGACCAAAGAUUGUUCAGAAGGCCUUCACUUUAGUCUUGAAGACGGAAUGUGCUUAGAGCCAGAAGAGGCUCAAUGUGACCGCGUUAACGGAAUUAUUUCAACGCCGGGGCCUCCUAAUGUGUCUUAUAAGUGUGCGAGUGAGUGUCCUGUUUAUAAUAAUCCAGAUUUAAUUAUUCUAGUGGCUCAUGAACUUUGUGAUAAAUAUUGCCAUUGUAAAAAUGGUAUUGCUGAGGUUAAAAAUUGUCCAUUGCAUUUGCAGUUCAGUUUACCGCAUGGAACAUGCGUUGAUCCUAAUCAAGCUCAAUGUUUUAAUAAUAAUGAUACUGUAACACCUCCAACACCUGAGCCUAGUACACCUCCAACACCUAAACCUACAACACCUCCAACACCUGAACCUACAACACCUCCAACACUUGAACCUACAACACCUCCAACACCUAAACCUACAACACCUCCAACACCUGAACCUACAACACCUCCAACACCUAAACCUACUAAACCUCCAACACCUCCAACACCAAUUCCCCCAGAAAAACCAGAUAAUUCAGGUUGCAUCGGUACAUGCCCUUUAAAUAAUAAUCAAGCGCAUACAUCUCAAUUGCCGCAUAUUAAUUGUACCAAAUUUUGUAAGUGCGAUUGGGGUAAACCUUCUGUUAUGCUUUGUCCACACACUCUUCACUACAAUCCAAUUAUUGAAGUUUGUGAUUACCCCAAGUCAGCAGGAUGCACGGGAAAUCAAAAAGACCUUCCAAAAAUUGGAUUCACCAGAAAUUACAGAAAACAAAAUGCUUCUACAGCAGACUGCGUAAAACCAUGCCCGUUAACGAAUCCUCAAAAUAAAACCGUGCACGUUGCUCACAAGGACUGCACCAAAUUUUGCAAAUGCUCUUUUGGAAACGCCUGGGUGAUGGACUGCCCGAAAGAUUUGUACUUCAACCCCAAAGAGCAGGUCUGCGACUUUAAAUUCAACGUUCACUGCGACGAAAGUGGACCAUGGGUAGAAGAAAUUAAUGGAAACGAUAUUGAUCAAUCGCAAACCAAUAACUCAAUUUUAUACAAAUUCAAACACUUGUUUGGUCAUUACAUAAAAAUAAGCUAUUUUUGUUGCUUUUAAAAUUUAUUAAUAAUGAUGUGGGUUUAGAAUUUUAAAAGUAGACUAUAGACUGACAUUUUUAUGAGUCUCGAAAACCCGGAAGCCAAUAUCGUCAAUUUGUUAUUGAAUUAUUAAUGCACCACUUUAAAGUAUACUUUUAAUGUCAUUGUACCCAUCAACUAAAUUUAGAUUGUUAAUAUCGAACAAAUUGUUUUUAUUUUAGUUUUAAAAAUAGUAAAUUAUUUUU